CCCUGACGCGGACUCCCCUCCAUAGGUGUGAUGGUUGGCUCCCAGGCGGACAUGGCUCCCGCGUCCACCGCGGACGGGGCCGGGGAGAAGCCGGGCCCCGCCGCGCCCACGGCCCAGUACGAGUGCGGGGAGUGCGGCAAGUCGUUCCGGUGGUCGUCCCGGCUCCUGCACCACCAGCGCACGCACACGGGCGAGCGGCCCUACAAGUGCCCCGACUGCCCCAAGGCCUUCAAGGGCUCGUCGGCCCUGCUCUACCACCAGCGGGGCCACACGGGCGAGCGGCCCUACCAGUGCCCGGACUGCCCCAAGGCCUUCAAGCGCUCGUCGCUGCUGCAGAUCCACCGCAGCGUGCACACGGGCCUGCGCGCCUUCACCUGCGGCCAGUGCGGCCUGGCCUUCAAGUGGUCGUCCCACUACCAGUACCACCUGCGCCAGCACACGGGCGAGCGGCCCUACCCGUGCCCCGACUGCCCCAAGGCCUUCAAGAACUCGUCCAGCCUGCGGCGCCACCGGCACGUGCACACGGGCGAGCGGCCCUACGCGUGCGGCGUGUGCGGCAAGAGCUUCACGCAGAGCACCAACCUGCGGCAGCACCAGCGCGUGCACACGGGCGAGCGCCCCUUCCGCUGCCCGCUCUGCCCCAAGACCUUCACGCACUCGUCCAACCUGCUGCUGCACCAGCGCACGCACGGUGCCACGCCCGCCGCUGCCACGGUCACCACCCCGCAGCCCAGUGACGCCGGCGUGGGCCCCGUGGGCGCCUUCGUGCCGCAGCCGCACAGCCCACCCGCGCCGCCCACGCCCCCGCCGCCGCCCGUGGUGCCCGAGCUGUUCCUGGCGGCCGCUGAGACGACCGUGGAGCUGGUGUACCGCUGUGACUGCUGCGAGCUGGGCUUCGGCAGCGAGGACCUGCUUCUGGAGCACCAGCCCUGCCCGGGGCCCGCCGCCCCCGGCGCGCCGCCCCCCGCGCUGUCCCCGUCCACGCCGCCGCCCGCCGCCCCCGGCUUCGCCUGCCUGCCCUGCGGGAAGUCCUUCCGCACCGUGGCCGGCCUGUCCCGCCACCAGCACAGCCACGGCGCGGCCAGCGGCCAGGCCUUCCGCUGCGGCAGCUGCGACGGCGCCUUCCCGCAGCUCGCCAGCCUCCUGGCGCACCAGCAGUGCCACGUGGAGGAGGCGGCGGCCGGGCGGCCACCCCCGCAGGCCGAGGCGGCCGAGGUCACCUGCCCGCAGGAGCCCCCGCCGCCCAGCGUCGUCGCCCCGCCGCCCGCCAGUGCCGAGGCCGAUGCCCACGCCGGCGCCGCCGCCCCCGAGCGGCCCUACAAGUGCGCCGAGUGCGGCAAGGCCUUCAAGGGCUCCUCGGGGCUGCGCUACCACCUGCGGGACCACACGGGCGAGCGGCCCUACCAGUGCGGCGAGUGCGGCAAGGCCUUCAAGCGCUCCUCGCUGCUGGCCAUCCACCAGCGCGUGCACACGGGGCUGCGCGCCUUCGCCUGCGGCCAGUGCGGCCUCACCUUCAAGUGGUCGUCGCACUACCAGUACCACCUGCGGCUGCACUCGGGCGAGCGGCCCUACGCCUGCGGCGAGUGCGGCAAGGCCUUCCGCAACACGUCGUGCCUGCGGCGCCACCGGCACGUGCACACGGGCGAGCGGCCCCACGCGUGCGGCGUGUGCGGCAAGAGCUUCGCGCAGACCUCCAACCUGCGGCAGCACCAGCGCGUGCACACGGGCGAGCGCCCCUUCCGCUGCCCGCUCUGCCCCAAGACCUUCACGCACUCGUCCAACCUGCUGCUGCACCAGCGCACGCACUCGGCCGAGCGCCCCUUCGCCUGCCCCGUGUGCGGCCGCGGCUUCGUCAUGGCCGCCUACCUGCAGCGGCACCUCCGGACGCACGCGCCGGCCGCCGGCGCCCCCGCCGCCCCGGCCGCCGCGCCCGCCCCGGCCGCCACCCAGGACGUGCACGUCCACCCGCACCUGCAGGCCACCCUCUCCCUGGAGGUGGCCGGGGGCGCGGCCCAGGCGACCCCGGCCGGUGCCGCCGGGCCCCCCAACUCACAGACGUUCCUCCUGGUGCAAACGGCCCAGGGCCUCCAGCUCAUCCCCAGCAGCGUCCAGCCGCCAGCGCCGCCACCGCCCCCUCCGCCGCCGCCGCCCAAGCUCAUCCUCGCUGCGGCCAGCACGGGGCGGAGCGGCAGCCGGGCCGGGCCGGGCACGCGGACCGUGGGCAAGGCCGGCCAGGGCCCGGGGGUGGUGUGGCUGCAGGGCCCUGGCGCGCUGAGCGUGCAGGGCGCGACCAACUCUGGGGCCAUCGGGACCGGCCAGGGCCUCAUCUUCCUGCAGAAUGUGGGUGCUGGGGAGGCAGGGCCGCAGGAAGUGAGUGGGGUUCAGCUGCAGCCCCUCCGGCCCGCCCCGGAGGUGACCACGGUCCAGCUGCAGCCGGCACCAGAAGUGACUACGGUCCAGCUGCAGCCGGCGCCGGAAAUGACCACUGUCCAGCUGCAGCCGGCUCCGGAAGUCACCACCGUCCAGCUGCAGCCGGAAGUGACCGCGGUGCAGCUGCAGCCGGCGCCGGAAGUGACCACCGUCCAGCUGCAGCCGGUGGCCGGGCAGCUCGCGAGUCCCAGUGGGGCGGGCGUGGGCGCCGAGACCCCCAACCUGCUGGUGGUUCAAAGCGGGUCGGCCGAGGAGCUGCUGGGCGGCGCGGGUCCGGGGGAGGUGGGCGAGCCCGAGGCCGGCGCCAGCGUGGUGCAGGACGUGCUGUUCGAGGCGCUGCAGACCGACGAGGGCCUGCAGAGCGUCCUGGUGCUGAGCGGGGCGGAUGGCGAGCAGACCCAGCUGUGCGUGCAGGAGGUGGAGACGCUGCCCUCGGCGCUGGCCGAGCCGCCCGGCCCCGGCCCGCCCAGCCAGAAGCUGCUCAUCAUCCGCAGCGCCCCGGCCGCCGAGCUGCUCGACGGUGGCACGGCCACGCUGCAGCUCCUGGCCCCGCCGCCAGCCCCGGCCGCCCCCGUCAGCCUCCCAGCCGCCGCCCCCGUCUCGCAGAUGCUACAGGUAGUACCGGCCGGAGCCACGGCGGGGGCCAUCGCCCCGCAGGGCCUCCCGUCCAUCCAGAUCGUCCAGACGGUGCCCACUGUGCAGCUGGUACACACGUUCUGAGUGGCACGCCCGGCUGUUCUCCCCGGCCCGACCCGACCUGACCCCCGGAGCCUGGGGCAGGGAGGCACGUUGGAGGCUGGACUUGCCAAUAAAGAUGUGGGCCCCC